AUGCACAAGGCAUCAAGAUCCGCGGCUCUGUUGAUCCUGUCAUCAGCACUCUUUCAGUGUGUCGAGGGAUUUUCUACCUCUUCGUUUCUCGUCAGGACGACCACACAACUCAAGGCAACCAAAGAAGAUGCCGAGAAAAUGGCAGAGAGCUUUGAAGAGCCAAAGUUGACUGAAGCUGGACUGCCCGAAUUGAAGGGUGAUUUCGAUUGGGACGCCAAAUUUGGAGGAGACGAAGAUUGGAUCACAGAAGACGUACCAGGAAAGGUGGUACUGGACGAUGUGACCCUGGCACAGCAAGUGACUGCCCUAGACCAGUUGGAAACCAAAUGGAGAAAGGACCGUCUGCGAGCGGAAUACGACGACUCCAAAAAGGUUGGCUUUGUCGGAGAAGCAGAACUCUUGAAUGGUAGAUUUGCCAUGUUUUUCCUGGCGACUGGGCUGCUGACAGAGUUGUGGACGGGCAUUUCCCUUCCAGGACAGGUGGAAGAAAUGUUGCGUAUUGGAGGUUUCAUCGGGUUCGGUGAAUAA